UGAUAAAGCUAUGAUAUGAAAGCCUGCCCCAAAUACAUAAAAAAACCACUAGCCCAUUGCUUGCAAUGAGAAGCCCCGAAGUAUUGCAUGAUAAUAUCUAAGUUCUAAUCCAAAUGAUAGUAUUUUGAGGUGUUGUUUUGAAACGUCAUCAAAUCGACAGGGAUUUUCAGUCUCGCACUAGGACAGGGAUGACACAUUCGUUUCAAAGUUUAAACAAGUUGCAUCAUAUUUGCCGAAUUUCUCAUGACAAUUUUAUAUUUUGCUAUCGCAAUAAUUGGAAAUAAGACCAAGUCGUAACUACGUUGUUUCACUGGACUAAAUCUUUAUGGAACUAGUUUGGUCAAUAACGUUUCGAGUCGCGAAACGAAAAUUCGUGUGGAUGUAGGUAACUUUAGCUAUUAGAGGAUAAGGUAACUUGUAUAUUGUUUCAUUCAAGGGCGCAGAGACAGUUCGUGACCGUAUUUCAUAUUCAACGGAACUUUCUGAAUGUACGAGUUUCGACCUCAUCAGCAUUUUGAUAAUGCAUUUUGAUGUUGAUGUUGUGUAUGCGAAUAAGAUCUAUGCGGACGAUCCAGCCGACGGAAAGACAAACCUUUGAAUCUGAUAUUUGUGCGGUUAAUGUGUCUACAAUUCCACCGUCCAGAUCGAAUCCAAGAACCUAAGACUUCCUCCUCAUACAGCUGCUGUCACUGGAACGAUACUGAUUACCACGAGCACGAGGACUCAAAUAGAAUCUGAAGCUCCCAAGAACAGUCCACGAUGCCAGCCACACGGCGCCAACUUGCUCUGUUCGAUGCAGCAGCAUUCGGUUAUUUUUGGCUAAUCAGAUUCCUCCUGUCAUUCUGUGAACUGGAGUACAUAUAAAGUGCAAAAAUUACAUGGAUCACCUAAUCAUCAUCGCCUCGAUUAUAGGAGACAAAAAUCUUGUGGCUCAAUUGAUUACAGCCGGGGCGAAUAUAGAAUGUAAAGACAAUGACGGGAAUACUCCAAUCAUCAUCGCCUCGAUUAAAGGACACCAAGAGGUGGUGGACCUAUUGAUUAAAGCGGGGGCGGAUAUAGAAUGUAAAAACAAUGGCGGGAAUACUCCAAUCAUCAUCGCCUCGAUAAAUGGACACAAAGAGGUGGUGGAUCUAUUGAUUAAAGCGGGGGCGAAUAUAGAAUUUAAAGACACUGGCGGGAAUACUCCAAUCAUCUUUGCCUCGAUUAAAGGACACCAAGAGGUGGUGGAUAUAUUGAUUAAAGCGGGGGCGAAUAUAGAAUGUAAACGCAAUGGCGGGAAUACUCCAAUCAUCAUCGCCUCGAUUAAAGGACACAAAGAGCUGGUGGAUCUAUUGAUUAAAGCGGGGGCGAAUAUAGAACAUGCCAACGGUGAGGGAAGAACUCCUAUAGGGUGUGUUUCGAUUGAAGGACACAAAGAGGUGGCGGAUCUAUUGAUUAAAGCGGGGGCGAAUAUAGAAUGUAAAGGCAAUGGCGGGAAUACUCCAAUCAUCAUCGCCUCGAUAAAAGGACACCAUGAGGUGGUGGAUCUAUUGAUUAAAGCGGGGGCGGAUAUAGAAUGUAAAGGCAAUUGCGGGAAUACUCCAAUCAUCAUCGCCUCGAUUAAUGGACACCAAGAGGUGGUGGAUCUAUUGAUUAAAGCGGGGGCGAAUAUAGAAUGUAAAGACAAUGGCGGGAAUACUUCAAUCAUCAUCGCCUCGAUUAAAGGACACAAAGAGGUGGUUGAUCUAUUGAUUAAAGCGGGGGCCGAUAUAGAAUGUAAAGACAAUGACGGGAAUACUCAAAUCAUCAUCGCCUCGACGAAUGGACACCAAGAGGUGGUGGAUCUAUUGAUAAAAGCGGGGGCGAAUAUAGAAUGUAAAGGCAAUGGCGGGAAUACUCCAAUCAUCAUCGCCUCGAUUAAAGGACACAAAGAGGUGGUGGAUCUAUUGAUUAAAGCGGGGGCGAAUAUAGAACAUGCCAACGAUGAGGGAAGAACUCCUAUAGGGUGUGUUUCUAUUCAAGGACACAAAGAGGUGGUGGAUCUAUUGAUUAAAGCGGGGGCGAAUAUAGAAUGCAAAGACAAUGGCGGGAAAACUCCAAUCAUCAUCGCCUCGAUUAAAGGACACAAAGAGGUGGUGGAUCUAUUGAUUAAAGCGGGGGCGAAUAUAGAAUGUAAAGACAAUCUCGGGAAUACUCCAAUCAUCAUCGCCUCGAUUAAUGGAUACCAAGAGGUGGUGGAUCUAUUAAUUAAAGCGGGGUCGAAUAUAGAAUGUAAAGACAAUGGCGGGAAUACUCCAAUCAUCAUCGCCUCGAUUCAAGGACAACAAGAGGUGGUGGAUAUAUUGAUUAAAGCGGGGGCGAAAAUAGAAUGUAAAGACAAAGGCGGGAAUACUCCAAUCAUCAUCGCCUUGAUUAAUGGAUACCAAGAGGUGGUGGAUCUAUUGAUUAAAGCGGGGGCGAAUAUAGAACAUGCCAACGAUAAGGGAAGAACUCCUAUAGGAUGCGUUUCUAUUGAAGGACACAAAGAGGUGGUGGAUCUAUUGAUUAAAGCGGGGGCGAAUAUAGAAUGUAAAGACAAUGGCGGGAAUACUCCAAUCAUCAUCGCCUCGAUUCAAGGACACAAAGAGGUGUUGGAUCUAUUGAUUAAAGCGGGGGCGGAUAUAGAAUGUAAAGACAAUGGCGGGAAUACUCCAAUCAUCAUCGCCUCAACUAAUGGACACCAAGAGGUUGUGGAUCUAUUGAUUAAAGCGGGGGCGAAUAUAGAUUGUAAAGACAAUUGCGGGAAUACUCCAAUCAUCAUCGCCUCGACUAAUGGACACCAAGAGGUGGUGGAUCUAUUGAUUAAAGCGGGGGCGAAUAUAGAACAUGCCAACGAUGAGGGAAGAACUCCUAUAUUGUGUGUUUCUAUUGAAGGACACAAAGAGGUGGUGGAUCUAUUGAUUAAAGCGGGGGCGAAUAUAGAAUGUAAAGACAAUGGCGGGAAUACUCCAAUCAUCUUUGCCUCAACUAAAAGACACCAAGAGGUGGUGGAUCUAUUGAUUAAAGCGGGGGCGAAUACAGAAUGUAAAGACAAUGGCGGGAAUACUCCAAUCGUCAUCGCCUCGAUUACAGGACAAAAAGAGGUGGUGGAUCUAUUGAUUAAAUCGGGGGCGAACAUAGAAUGUAAAGACAGUAGCGGGAAUACUCCAAUCAUCAUCGCCUCGAUUAAAGGACACCAAGAGGUGGUGGAUCUAUUGAUUAAAGCGGGGGCGAAUAUAGAACAUGCCAACGAUGAGGGAAGAACCCCUAUAGGGUGUGUUUCGAUUAAAGGACACAAAGAGGUGGUGGAUCUAUUGAUUAAAAAGGGGGCGGAUAUAGAAUGUAAAGACAAUGGCGGGAAUACUCCAAUCAUCAUCGCCUCGAUUCAAGGACACAAAGAGGUGUUGGAUCUAUUGAUUAAAGCGGGGGCGGAUAUAGAAUGUAAAGACAAUGGCGGGAAUACUCCAAUCAUCAUCGCCUCAACUAAUGGACACCAAGAGGUUGUGGAUCUAUUGAUUAAAGCGGGGGCGAAUAUAGAUUGUAAAGACAAUUGCGGGAAUACUCCAAUCAUCAUCGCCUCGACUAAUGGACACCAAGAGGUGGUGGAUCUAUUGAUUAAAGCGGGGGCGAAUAUAGAACAUGCCAACGAUGAGGGAAGAACUCCUAUAUUGUGUGUUUCUAUUGAAGGACACAAAGAGGUGGUGGAUCUAUUGAUUAAAAAGGGGGCGGAUAUAGAAUGUAAAGACAAUCUCGGGAAUACUCCAAUCAUCUUCGCCUCGACUAAUGGACACCAAGAGGUGGUGGAUCUAUUGAUUAAAGCGGGGGCGAAUAUAGAAUGUAAACACAAUCUCGGGGAUACUCCAAUCAUCAUCGCCUCGAUCAAAGGACACAAAGAGGUGGUGGAUCUAUUGAUUAAAGCGGGGGCGAAUAUAGAAUGUAAAGACAAUUACGGGAAUACUCCAAUCAUCGUCCCCUCGAUUAAAGGACACCAAGAGGUGGUGGAUCUAUUGAUUAAAGCAGGGGCGGAUAUAGAAUGUAAAAACAAUGGCGGGAAUACUCCAAUCAUCUUCGCCUCGACUAAUGGUCACCAAGAGGUGGUGGAUCUAUUGAUUAAAGCGGGGGCGAAUAUAGAAUGUAAAGACAAUCUCGGGGAUACUCCAAUCAUCAUCGCCUCGAUCAAAGGACACAAAGAGGUGGUGGAUCUAUUAAUUAAAGCCGGGGCGGAUAUAGAAUGUAAAGACAAUGGCGAGAAUACUCCAAUCAUCAUCGCCUCGAUUCAAGGACAAAAAGAGGUCGUGGAUCUAUUGAUUAAAGCGGGGGCGAAUAUAGAAUGUAAAGACAAUGGCGGGAACACUCCAAUCAUCAUCGCCUCGAUUAAUGGACACCAAGAGGUGGUGGAUCUAUUAAUUAAAGCGGGGGCUAAUAUAGAAUGUAAAAACAAUGGCGGGAAUACUCCAAUCAUCAUCGCCUCGAUUAAGGGACAAAAAGAGGUGGUGGAUCUAUUGAUUAAAGCGGAGGCGAAUAUAGAAUGUAAAGACAAUUACAGGAAUACUCCAAUCAUCAUCGCCUCGAUUAAUGGACACCAAGAGGUUGUGGACCUAUUGAUUAAAGCGGGGGCGGAUAUAGAAUGUAAAAACAAUGGCGGGAAUACUCCAAUCAUCAUCGCCUCGAUAAAUGGACACAAAGAGGUGGUGGAUCUAUUGAUUAAAGCGGGGGCGAAUAUAGAACGUAAAGACAAUAGCGGGAAUACUCCAAUCAUCAUCGCCUCGACUAAUGGACACAAAGACAUGGUCGAUCUAUUAAUUAAAGCGGGGGCGAAUAUAGAAUGUAAAGACAAUGGCGGGAAUACUCCAAUCAUCAUCGCCUCGAUUAAAGGACAAAAAGAGGUGGUAGAUCUAUUGAUUAAAGCGAGGGCGAAUAUAGAAUGUAAAGGCAAUGGCGGUAAUACUCCAAUCAUCAUCGCCUCGAUUAAUGGACACCAAGAGGUGGUGGAUCUAUUGAUUGAAGCAGGGGCGAAUAUAGAACAUGCCGACGAUGAGGGAAUAACUCCAAUAGUGUGUGUUUCUAUUGAAGGACACAAAGAAGUGGUGGAUAUAUUGAUUAAAGCAGGGGCGAAUAUAGAAUGUAAAGACAAUGGCGGGAAAACUCCAAUCAUCAUCGCCUCGAUUAAAGGACACAAAGAGGUGGUGGAUCUAUUGAUUAAAGCGGGGGCGAAUAUAGAAUGUAAAGACAAUGGCGGGAAUACUCCAAUCAUCAUCGCCUCGAUUAAAGGACACAAAGAGGUGGUGGAUCUAUUGAUUAAAGCGGGGGCGAAUAUAGAAUGUAAAGACAAUGGCGGGAAUACUCCAAUCAUCAUCGCCUCGAUUAAAGGACACAAAGAGGUGGUGGAUCUAUUGAUUAAAGCGGGGGCGGAUAUGGAAUGUAAAGGCAAUCUCGGGAAUACUCCAAUCAUCAUCGCCUUGAUUAAAGGACACCAGGAGGUGGUGGAUCUAUUGAUUAAAGCGGGGGCGAAUAUAGAACAUGCCAACGAUGAGGGAAGAACUCCUAUAGGGUGUGUUUCUAUUGAAGGACACAAAGAGGUGGUGGAUCUAUUGAUUAAAGCGGGGGCGAAUAUAGAAUGUAAAGACAAUGGCGGGAAUACUCCAAUCAUCAUCGCCUCUAUUAAAGAUCACCAAGAGGUGGUGGAUCUAUUAAUUAAAGCGGGGGCGAAUAUAGAACAUGCCAACGAUGAGGGAAGAACUCCUAUAGGAUGCGUUUCUAUUGAAGGACACAAAGAGGUGGUGGAUCUAUUGAUUAAAGCGGGGGCGAAUAUAGAAUGUAAAGACAAUGGCGGGAAUACUCCAAUCAUCAUCGCCUCAAUUAAAGGUCACAAAGAGGUGGUGGAUCUAUUGAUUAAAGCGGGGGCGAAUAUAGAAUGUAAAGACAAUGGCGGGAAUACUCCAAUCAUCUUUGCCUCGGCUAAUAGACACCAAGAGGUGGUGGAUCUAUUGAUUAAAGCAGGGGCGAAUAUAGAAUGUAAAGACGAUGGCGGGAAUACUCCAAUCAUCAUCGCCUCGAUUAAAGGACACAAAGAGGUGGUUGAUCUAUUGAUUAAAGCGGGGGCGGAUAUAGAAUGUAAAGACAAAGGCGGGAAUAAUCCAAUCAUCAUCGCCUCGAUUCAAGGACACCAAGAGGUGGUGGAUAUAUUGAUUAAAGCGGGGGCGAUUAUAGAAUGUAAAGACAAAGGCUGGAAUACUCCUAUCAUCAUCGCCUCGCUUAAUGGACACAAAGAGGUGGUGGAUCUACUGAUUAAAGCGGGGGCGAAUAUAGAAUGUAAAGACAAUGGCGGGAAUACUCCAAUUAUCAUCAACUCGAUUAAAGGACAAAAAGAGGUGGUGGAUCUAUUGAUUAAAGCGGGGGCGAAUAUAGAAUGUAAACACAUCGGCGGGAAUACUCCAAUCAUCGUCGCCUCGACUAAUGGACACCAAGAGGUGGUGGAUCUAUUGAUUAAAGCGGGGGCGAAUAUAGAAUGUAAAGACAAUGGCGGGAAUACUCCAAUCAUCAUCGCCUCGAUUAAUGGACACCAAGAGAUGGUGGAUCUAUUGAUUAAAGCGGGGGCGGAUAUAGAAUGUAAAGACAAUAGCGGGAUGACUCCAAUCAACGUCGCCUCGUUUAAUGGACACCAAGAUGUGGUGGAUCUAUUGAUUAAAGCGGGGGCGGAUAUAGAAUGUAAAGACAAUGGCGGGUAUUUUCCAAUCAUCAUUGCCUCGGUUAAAGGACACCAAGAGGUGGUGGAUCUAUUGAUUAAAGCGGGGGCGAAUAUAGAACGUGAAGACAAUGGCGGGUAUAUUCCAAUCAUCACCGCCUCGACUAAUGGACACCAUGAGGUGGUGGAUCUAUUAAUUAAAGCGGGGGCGAAUAUAGAAUGUAAAGACAAUGACGGGAAUACUCCAAUCAUCAUCGCCUUGACUAGUGGACACCAAGAGGUGGUGAAGCUAUUGAUUAAAGCGGGGGCGAAUAUAGAAUGUAAAGACAAUGGCGGGAAUACUCCAAUCAUCAUCGCCUCGACUGAAGGACACAAAGAGGUGGUGGAUCUAUUAGUUAAAGCGGAUGCAAUUAUUGAAGUCAGUAACUAUGAAAACGACACUCCGAUAGUUUGCGCAGCUAGUAGGGGUUAUGUUGAAAUUGUAGACGUUUUGUUGAAAGAAGGUGCUUGUUCCAGAAGUUCUAGUUAUGGAUCGAUAUUAAAUAUCGGUGCAAAAUUUGGUCGAAGGCGGGUCGUUGAAUACCUUUUGAGACGCGGGAUGUCAUUAGAAAGUUGUGACUUGAAAGGAAACACCCCACUUCAAAAUGCUAUCAUAAAGGGUCAUCUCUCAGUGGUCCAACUCCUAAUAAGGAGUGGAGCAGAUACAUCCACACCACACUCUUCAUCAGAGAGUAUUAUAUAUUCUGCGGCUUCGCGUGGCCAUGCCGAUAUCGUGAAAUACUUUGGAAGCAGUGAUGCACGGAAGUUAUUGGAUUUGCCCAAUGCCAGUGGGUGGUCGCCUAUUGCCAAGGCAGUUUCAGGUGGUCAUUUUCGGACAGUUAGACAACUUCAUCAGCUUGGAGCUGACAUGAACUGCAGUGUAAAUGGAAAAGGACUCCUUCAUCUAGCAGCUGAGUCCGGUUGCCUAGAUAUCUAUCAAUAUCUUAUCAUCGCUGGGCUUGACUGCAAACGACUCAACAUCCAUGGAUUGAAGGCUUAUGAAUGCUUCCCCUUUCAAUCAAAACUUAAUUAUCAAGCAAGCAACCGAUUAGGACAUUCCUCCGAACAAAGUCUCUCUUACGUCAUGUCUCGAUUAAAUGAGCAAUAUGUUACACCCGCGUAUAGAUACAAACUUUCAGAACUAUCGGGUGUACUGGGACUAGGCAGCGUGAAUAUUAUCGAGGGUGGUGUUUCGGAAACUAUCAUGAGGUUUGUAAGGGAGAAGGAGGUUUUUAAGUGUUUAGAGCUAUGUGGAAGUUCGGCUGAGGGCACGAAGGUUCAGCUGCCUGAUGAAAUGGACUUCCUUAGAUUGGUAACUGCAAAUCAUCUCUCUCGAAACGAAAUAGUUGAUACCUUACAUGGAUAUAAGUAUAUACAAACUAGAACAUUUAAGAACAGGUUUUUAUCAAGUAGAGCACUCCAUGAGAGUGAAAGCGAAAACCUAGAAUCUAGCGCAAAAGCCCAAGAGUCUAAAAAAAGCGGAGAAAUACUUUUGCAGGCAGUUGCUGGAGGAGGCGGUGCCAGUGUUCCUGUGACUAUCAGAUGGCCCGAUGAUAAACCUUCAAAACGCAUUGUCUCAGAGCAUAUAGUAACAACCGUACCUGUAGAUGAUUGGCCCGAUAAUUGUCAAGAUGAUUGGUCCGAUUAUGCACUACAGAAAGGAGAAUCUGAAAGUGAGGUAACGGCGGACGUUUGUGUUUAUCAACGGACCGGAUACAUCUUAUCUCAAGUUGAUGCUAGGAGAGGAUUGGCCAGUGUUCCUGUGACUAUCAGAAGGCUUGAAAAUAUAUCAUCCAGUCUCCUUAUCUCUGUGGAUAUAGUACCGAUAUUGCAUGUUGAUGAUUGGCCAGACGAUGCUAUCAAGAAGACCUGGCGAAUGGACGAGGACACCCUGAGAAAGAGUGGGUAUAGGCUGGUCCUAAAACCGCCACACAAGGACAGUGAGUACGGACGGUUGCUACCGGAGGAAGACAGAGAAAGAAUGUUGCGGAUCUCCUUCUCUCAUCUAGAACCUGCCACAAUCACACCUUUGGAUCCAAGAAUCAAAGACGCAUACAUCACAGCAAAGUGUCUGAGGUCACCUAUGGCAUGUGGCGUUGUGAUUAGAGACACGAACGGCGUUAUACAUUUCGUCAGUCAUUUCCUUACAAGCUACCUCCUGAAGACAGUCUUCCUCCAUAACAUAGACGACUUCAUUGAGACAAACAGGAGCCUGCCAGAGAUGGUCUACAUCAUCUACAGCCAACUUGAGGAUUACCUCGGCAAGGGCAACCUACCGUUCUACUGGCAGCCCAGCGUCAAUCUGCUGGAAGGCUUGAAACUCAACAUAGCCAAGUCUUAUCAAGUCGCCAAGCUGAUGAAGGCAAUCGUUGGUAGGAUGUCCCGCCUGGAGCGUGGUGAUGAGAACCAUGGUGACGACGCGAGGGAAGAUGGGCCAAGCAUUGAAGCCGCUGAUGACGAGCCUGACAUAGGUUGUUACAUCGUCAGAUUAGAAUAGCGAGCAAGUAAUCUUCACCCCGUUGAACACUUGGUAUGAGAGACGGAUGCUCUGGUGAAACCAACAAUCUAUGGUUAUUCCCUGGCCUCACCCGGCCCGGCCAGUUCAAACCACGAGAGUGCAUGUGUACGAGUUGGGCCGACGCGACAGGCGCAGCGGUCGGAAGCGAGUCUCUGGCAGGGUAUCUCGGACUUUGGUUCGACAUCGAAAGCCUCAAGUGCGUCAGGACCUUCAAACCCAAGUGGUAGAGAAUUUGUUCUUGAAAUGACACCGGGCUCAAAAUAGCUGAGAUGUUGACUUUGAGACAGAGAAUGGUGAGAGAUCGUGUGGUGUACAAAGGAAAACAAGCACGACCGUAACAUUUUAGAAAACUUCUGAAAUUAUUCAGACCCCCUCCACCUAUUACACCUCCCGUUAUUCAGAGAUGAAAUUGCUAAACUGUAAACUUUCCGAGGUUGGGGACACAUCACGUGGAUGAUAUACCAAAUGUUCACCACUUCUGAAAAAAAGUAUCAGAACCUUCAGAUUUUGGUAAAAAAUGCAACCCUGCCUUAUUUUAGAUGAUUUCUGAAGUUUUACAAUCUAUUUUCUACUUUUAUGAAAUUGAAAUUGAAAUUGAUACAAAGGCGACACAUUGGCAUUGUUCAUCCUGAUUGAGUUGAAUGAUGGAUGGCAUCCAACGACAAUGCGUAUGAUAUCUACAGGGGGCUUGGCUUACAUAUUCAGACACUCUCAGAUCCGUAUUAUGACAUAGGAAGUUGGAUGUUUCACUCAAUUCCUUGCAUAGUACUUAUGAGUUACUUACACCCUUUGAUAUGCUGACUGCAUGGGUGAACAAAGGUAUGGACUGGUAUAUUUUGUAUUGACAUGUUAACUAUAUAACUAUAUAACAUGUAUCGAUAUUGUAAUUGUAUGAGGUGGGGUAGCUACCUUAUAACCUUGAUUCCCUUAUGUAUUGACUUGUAUAAAUUGUAUUGUCAUGUAUUGACAUGUAUUGACAUGUAUAAACUUGUAUCGACUUAUAUUGUAAUUAUGUUCUGUGUAACUUUAUAUAAUUAUAUGUGUCAAAAUAUUAUAAUGGUAGAAGGCAGAAGGCCUAGGUAUUGCAAGCUGUUUGAAGCCAGUCUAUUACUAUCAUAACAUUGUAUUACAAGAGAGUCACAUUUAUUAUUUCCUAUAUUUCGUGAGUAACAUUUGAGAGUGUGAAGCCUGGUAGGCCCUGUCACAAGUUCUAAAUGACGAAGUGAUUACGGUUUGUGUACGCUUGUAAUGACGCUCAUUACAGAAUGACUGCAAACUUGUGGAUGGAUAUAAAUUGAAUACUCGUUAAGGUGAUGCUAUAUAGUGCCUCCAUGUUGCCAGUCAACAAGAAUUCAUCCAAAAUAUCCACAAACUGGUGAAAGUGUUAUUCGGAGGACAUAAUAGUCUGCGUUGCCACCGAACAACAUGUUAUAUGACAAAGACAAGCAGAUGCUUUUACUUCAAUUUUGUGCAGAAAGGCUUUGUGUACAUGUACAGUACAUAUAGCGUUUUAGAUAAAAUCACCCGACAGUCUCUUUCAUAUCUGCCAUUAUCUUGUCCGAUUUUUUGGUGUUUGAAAGAGUUCCGGUGUUCCUAAUACACUAACAUAAUAUAGAGUGACUAUAUAGUUUCACCUUAAUGGUUGAUGUACCUUAAUGUACCGUUAAGAUAUUCGCUGCAGUGGCGAUUUUUACAUGACCAUAAUGAGACCUUAGAAGGCUAUUCUAACGUGAAUUAUUUUGGCCGAUACGCGAAUUUGUUAUGAAAGAUAAUAAUUCUAUGAAGGUUGAAAAGAUUUUAUGGCGGUAAGGCUGGGUAAUGACUGGUAAUGUAGUGAGUGGGUUAACUUGACAAAACAACUGCGCCUUGAUCACUCAUUGCAACCAUUCCAGCGAAGUGUCCUUGCGAACCAUAUGCAAGUUAUUGUAAACAGUUUCAGUGAGAUUUUGAUUUUUGAAGGCCCAGGUGUCCUUGGUCGAAGUUGCUCAAAGCAAAUCUGCUUUUAUUCAGAGUUUCCUAAUGAGAAUUUCAUCAUGGCAUGUGUAAAAAAAGAAGAAGUCGCUGUGAAUGGUUGAUCUUGGGUUGUAAACAAUGGCUUGUGUGCCAAACUGGUGGGGUUUGGGUGAAAAGAGUUGUUAGGUUACCAAUCUGGUAUUUUAAAAACUUGAAAGUGGCAAGAGUGGUUUUAUAAAAGUGGUUUGGUGUUAUUAGAUUUACCUUAGUAAAAUUUCAGUUCGAGAUAAGAAUAUUCAUAGGUUGCAGUAUCUGGACCUAUCAACGAGAAGCUUGUCCGAGUAUCUAUAAAAAUCCGCGGACAACGACCACUUUAAUUUCCACCAGUUUGUCGCCAGACUGUCCGGAUUAUCAUAUCAACAUCUAAGAUUCAAAACUGCCCGCAGUAAUUGGUGCGACGUGGGCAAACUUUGGCAAAUGAACUGAUGAAAGUAUUUAACAAAUCAUUGGUGGUUUUGCCUCGUUGGACGAACGAGUCCUUCAGUUCUCACCCCCUAUUCUAGUAGGCACUGUCUACCCGUCUCAACACUUGCGACAGGCGACACUUCAAAAAGAAAGUCCUGGCUUUACUGCGUGUUUCUGGACCGAAGUCCGUUGCGAUUAUAUUUUAUAGUUCGGCUAAUUAAAGCCAUUAUAUGUGUACAUGUAAUCAUGUGCAAUUUCGCAAAUCAUUUUGAUUACAGUUUGGUAAUGCACAGAUAGGGGGAGAUAUUGCUUGUAAAUGGGAUGCUUCAUAAAAUUCGUGUCCGUCUUCAAGCAAUAAGACUCGAAAUAUGGUUAGACGAUUUAUGUCAUUCGGUACAGAUUCAUCCUAACCGGUGUAGAAGUAGAAAAUGUCCGAGGGAAAAACCGUCCACCCUAUUGUAUUUUGUCAGAUUAUGGUAUUAUGGUUCUUUCGGUGACAUUACCGUCAAUAGGUCAGAGAUAUAUAUAUAUAUUUUACAGAGCAUAAUAGAAUCCUUUGCUCCCCGGAAAUUCUAUCCUGGGGCAUUUCAAACUUCUACACCGGACUCAUUGAAAACACUCACGUUUCCAUAUGAGGGCGGUUCGUGGGGUGGGGG